GUUGAAAUGCGCGGAAAUUCAAAAUGCCCGAACUUCGGUUGAUUCAGCCGACACAGUUAUAUAACAUAAUCAACCAGUUUUCGCACAAUGCAUUUGUCAGCAAUCCUUACUAUAUGGUGCUCUUUGGUAAGUCACUGACUCACGAUACUAUCUGGAAAGAUGUUCGCACAAAAGAAGACUACAAUGAGGAACAUAUUGUGCUCGCGAAGCGCUUGAAAAAAGUUAGCGACGCUAGCUUGAAACUAAAAUUCAGGAUAAUAAAGACAAUUUUGUUCUCCCGUAUGAAAUAAAUUUGGAAUGCCGGUGGAACGUGAUUGUAUAUGAUGGAUGCACGACAGCGCUUGAUCAGUCAAGUAGCCACGUCGUUUAGGUCCAUGUGCACUUUCAGGUGACGCCAUAGAAGCCGCAAAGUUUCUAUAUGCCAAUGGAAGCAGAAAGUUUGUUAAAAUUUUGCAGGGUUGGUUGACUUCGUCUUGGAACACAAAUGCUCAUUGUUUCAGGUGGCUAUGAACUGUUCUCAAGGCUCUAUCCGUUCUUGCGAACACAGAAGGUACUUUACCUUCCUCGCGAACUUGAACAAUUCUCAACGUAUCCUCUAGAAGUGAUACCCGGUUUCCUGUAUCUGUCCUGUCGAGCAGAAGCCAUUAACCAUAAAAUGCACCGAGAAAUGAAAAUAACAGCUCAUGUGAAUAGCGAUUUGGAUCAUGACCCUAUCUAUGGAAGCUGUCCAAGAAGUGACGAAUUGUCAUUCAACGUUAGUCGAGAUGCUACAAAUAUUUUACCCAUACUCAAUCAGGCCUGCGAUUUUCUAAAAAAGAAACAUUUCGAGGGUAGUCGAGUGUUACUAAUAUCUGAGCGUUGUGUCAGUCGGAACGUGGCAUUCGCGAUCGCUUAUCUAAUCAAGUACAACGGAAUGAGCCUACAGAAUGCUUGGAGGCAUCUGAGGGAUGUCUGUCUUUCAAUGCAACCAACUUGGAAUUUUAUGCAACAGCUGGCACAAUUUGAGGCCGACUGUCGUGGAAGAGAGGAGAUUCGCGAGCUUACUGAAGAAGAGUUUUACGGAAAACGGAUGCGAGAAUUUCGGAUAGAGAGCCAAAUCAGAUCCGCACUCCCAAAGAACGAUUAGGUAAUGAAAAGGAGCUGAAGUUUGAAUGUCAUGAAUUUCCGAAAGCAUAACGUGCCUUUCAGAACUUUUCUGCUAACUUGGCAUUUUUCGGUCACUCCUAUUUAUUUAGGACAUAUUAUGAUUUUUUGUAAUAAUAUAUUAUUGAGUUCGCAUGGGGUCCGUAUUCUGUUAGAAAAUUACACCGGGAGAGUGACAAUAUAAAU